AUGUUCCGGACAAGCAUCUUGCGAGUUGCAAGGUGCUUGAAGUCGACCCCUCGCAGGUCUCCAUCCUGGGUAGCGCCGAUCGCCCAGUUUGUGGACGAACAAUGCAUUAUCUUCGAGGAUCAGGAGGAGAACAAGCUGGAGUACACAGAGUGCCACAACGAGUUUCGUCAGCUCAUAGAUAACCUGCUGGCGGCGCACCUACUGGAGCUGGACGUGAGCAACGAGCAGUUCGAGCAGUUCUGCCAGACCGGUCUUUCCACGAAUUCCACGCUGCACCGUGUCCUUGUGGAGCAGCUGUUGGCUGUGGACGACUUCCUUAUCUUCAAGGCCAUGAUGACGAAGAGGAAUGCUGACUUAUACCGAGAGGCCCAAAGACGCGUGGACGCUGGCCAGCUCGAUGAGGAAGACUUCCAUGAAACGACCGUCGUCGACGAUGAUGAGGAAGUGCUCGCGGGCCUGGGAGAAAUGACGGUGGAGGCUUCCCUCGUCGCCGAUGAGUGGAAGCUGUACGAGGAUCAACUCUUCCAGGCUCUCGAUGAGUCUCAGAAGGCCGACGACGAGCUUGCCAGGCAGCGGCAAAAGGAGGAGGAAGAACUGGAGAGGGCCUUAGUCCUCUCGCUGCAGAUGGAAGAGGAAAGGAUGCAUGGCCUGGCGGGCGAGGCCGCAGCCUCGCCGUCCUCUAGUUCGGCGGCGGGCCAGGAUGCUGCACCGCCGCCGCCUGCACCGCCGCCUCCGUCAGAGGCCGCAUCCGCCGCUCCGGCUGAGGGCGCUGCGGCGCCAGCCGCAGUGCCAGCGGCUGCAGCGCUCUCGGCGUCCUCGCUGGGCCCGCUCAGGCCUGUGCUCCCGCGCGUGAUGCGCGUGGGGCCCAUGGCAGGGUCCCGACCUGGGACCGCGGCUUCCGUGUCUCCCGAGCACGAGCGCGCGCGGGCGGAAAUUGCAGCACUGGCGCAGCAGGGGCCUGUAGAGGAGGCUUCCGUGCCUCCGCCUCCGCCGCCAGAGGCACAGCCUCAGCCAAGCGAGGCAGAUCGCAAAGCUCGUGCAGAACAUCUGCAGAGGCAGCGCCAGCUGCUAGUGGAGAAGCGUAACAAGGAGCGGCAAAAGCAGCUUGACGCUGCGAAGGGUUCAGGCAAUGCCCGUGUGGUGAAAGCUGUGGACGCCGCGAACGCCGGUGGCUCUGCGACAGGAAAGAACCUCGUCGCCGAGCUGACUGCACCCUCGGCUGGCGGAGAAGCCGUAGCAGAGACGGCCAACGCUGCCGCGCAGAUGCGCCAGGCUUUGGCUGCCCAGCUGAAGCAAACUCUGAGGACUCCAGUGUGA